UGAGCAAGUAUUGAGAAACAUGUUCAGUGAGCGACGCAGCUGUGUGACCACUUGGUUGAGUAUUAUCGCACAGCCGCCAGCACCGGCAACCAUCUGGCGCAGCGGAGAGUUGCUGUAUACUAUUUUACCCGUGCAAACACCAGACACAACAAAACUGUUUUGGUGUUGUGUUCCAGGGCAUGCGGAAACAAUAAACACGAUGACGGACGAGCUCCUGUCACUUAAGUGGAAUAAUCACAAGUCCACUUUCGCUGAUAUCCUCACAAUACUCAGGGACCAGGAAGUAUUCAUCGAUGUGACACUAGCUUGUGGAGGGAAGCAGUACCCAGCUCACAAAUUUGUGCUAUCAACAUGUAGUGAUUAUUUUAAAGAAAUGUUCACAAAAAAUCCUUGCAAACAUCCAAUAGUAUUUAUGAAAGAUGUGUCUGCCAGAGACUUGGAGGCAUUACUAGAUUUUAUGUAUCGAGGAGAAGUUAACGUACCUCAUCACAAUUUAGCGUCAUUAAUCAAGACUGCUGAAGGGUUACAAGUCAAGGGCUUAGCUGUGCCAGAUGAUCCCAUUCAGCUCAGAAGAGCAGACAGAUCAUCAAGAGAAGUUCCCACCCCCAGACCACCACCCGAACCUUCAGUGAGCCCACCACCAAAUAGAAAGCGAAUGAGGGACUCCGAUUACAUGUCAGUUGGACCUCUUGGCCUUAUGUAUAAAAUGUCACCCCAAGAACCUAAUAGCCCUUAUGACUUGUCACAAAAAUCCUCAUCAUCAUCAGUGUCACAGUCAGAUAACGUCCAGAGCGAAUGCACUCAGUCUGUAUCUCCUGACCAAGCCCACAAUGUUGCUAAUAAAGAAAAUUCUCCAGACGACAAUAAGCAAGUAUCGAGUACUCCUCAGCCACCACGCACACCACAACCAACUUGUUCUCCCAUGCCUUUAUCCUCUUCUGAAGUCAACUGUCAAGAAAAGCCACGUGAAGAAUCUGACCCUAUGCCUGGGCCUUCUUGGAGGCCUGGAUCAGCUAAACCUGAAGAAGAAUUGGUUGUGAAAGAAGAUAUCUCCAUAGAAGAGGAGGAGGAAGACUGGGGGCUUGAGAGUGGAGCAGGGAGUGAAGUGGGAGACGUUGGUGAGCACUCACAGUCAGACUUACUCCCCCCACACUCCUGUACUAACUCUAGUCUUGCCUCCUCCAUAGACCCAGCGCUGAAGGACUUGUCAGCAAAGUCAUCCAAGUCAAUGAAACAAGAAGAGUCUGGUAUGAUGAGUCCUCAAGGGCAUAGUGGCUUACCUCAGCACCAUCCACCCGGACCCCUUUCUGGCUCCAUGCUGCUACCCCCUGGAUCCCUCUGGCCGCAGGAUACCAAGGUUAAUAUUGAAGAGAUUCUACCUUGUCCUAUUUGUGGUAAACAAUUUCCUAAGAAACGGAAGUCAAACUUGCAAGUGCACCUAAGGACACAUACUGGGGAAAGGCCUUUUAAGUGCCAACAGUGUGGUCGAGGCUUCAAGCAGAAAGCACACCUAGAAAAGCAUCAAGAAAAGUCCUGCCAUGUGUUGUCAGAGUAUGUGCCUUAUCCGUUUUUUCCGAAGAUCUGAGCAAUGGGGUUUCCCCAUGUGCUCAGUACCAUGAUAUAAGAGGCUCAUGCUCACCGUGCCCUAGCGACUCUACCUCAGUCAAGCUGCCUCAGCAGACCCCGGGCCCAUGCCAGAGGGGUGGCAAUUCCACAUCUUCAUCUCCGCCACAUCUGUCCCCAGACUUUUCAAAUGGGGUGGCAGUUCUACAUCCCGGUUGAGCAUAUGCAUUACUCCAUUCUUCUAAAUCAAUAAUGUGAUUGUUGUCUGUGACUGCAACUAAGUUGCCUUCUGUUAUCUAAGUAGGGGUUUUUGUCACUGACUGAGAAAAUAUACAGCUUUAAACUGCUCAUUUAUAGAGCAUCCUGUGAAUCUGUUCAAUGCGAGUUACAAUUAACUACUUGUAAGUAAUCAAUAUGCCUAUCUGAACUUUCUUGCUACAUUAUGUAAACACGGGUACAACCGUCCGAUAUUAGUUUUUUAUUCAUGUAUAUGUACAAUUAUUAUUGAACCCAGUGUUAUCUGAGUUAUCAUAGCUGCUUGCAGCAUUUAUAUUUGUAUCUUACGUGUAUAUACAUAAAUAUAUAUACCAUGUGUGUACAGAGAGCAUUAAAACAUAAAAUUUGGAUCUUUUAGAUUUAGUUUCAGAUCUAGUUAGUGCCCUGCAAUGGAUUUCAUCAAUUCCCUUCAUAAACUUACCCAUUCAUUUCAUCUUUCCAUUCUCAUAUUAACUGUGUUAUAUGUAUAUAUAAGAGUUUAUGUGUUGUAUAUUGAAAAUGUAAAAGCAUAGAAAUUCCACAAAAUUUAAUUAAGCCAAUAUUAUAGUAUAGGUAUGUAUAAAGUCAUCUUCAGUUUACUAUAAUUGUAAUAUAAUAGUUUUAUAAUAUAAAGUUUCAUGUAAUUGUUAACUGGGCAUUCAUUAAUUACUCACAGUCAGUGUUCUCUGUUUCUCUGAUUCCAAAGUAAAUGUGUAGGUAAUGAAAUGUAAAUUUAUCAGAUACCCAAGAUUUGGAAUUUGAUACACAUAGUAUAUUAUAUUCUGAAGCUGUUAGUCCUUUGUGCAUCAAUAAAAAUUAUAUCUUUGGUGUCUUCCUUAGCCAUAGGAGACACUACUGUUCAAGUAUAGUGAUAUGUGCUUUCAUAUUUACAGUUCAGUACAUUCCCAAAAUAGACUUCAGUAGAGUUACUGAAGAAAAAGUAAUUUUAAUUGUGUACAGCAUUAGUUUAUAGAUUUAAAAUAUUAUUUGAUAUGAAAUAUAUAUUGAUCAUGUAUGACAGUCCAAAAGUAUAUUUAAGAAAAUAAAAAAAUGUAAAAAAAUAUAUAUACAAUAUAUUGGUACAUAUUUGAUGCAGAAUGGGAGAGUUAAAAACCCCUGCGCAGGGCACUGGCAGCAGCACUUUAACAUAGCCUUUGGAUGAUAUUGUUAAUCAUAACCAGAAGAAUGUGUACCUUUUCAUUACUUAGUUGUCAGAGUGAUUAGUUCUCCUUGUCAAUGUGAUAUAUUUUUUUAACUGCCAUGUCUGUGAACGAGAGAAAAAAAUCAUUACCACUUUUUUAUGAAAAUUAUUUGUUUGUCUCAUUUCUUUGGCAAUGAUUAAGAAUUACCCUUUAUUCAUCUAUGGUUGAGGUCUUGUAAAUCUGUAAAUAGAUUAAUAGUCAUUAUUUUAGUAUUCUUUACCUAUAUGCACCCUUUAUCAAGAAAUCUGUCUUAUCCAUGAAAUAAAACACUAUUUUCUAA